AGAGGACCAUGAUACAUUUGGCCUAUAAUAGUUUAUUUCGCUUAGAGAGAAUUGGAUCCAAAUCCUAAUAAAAUCAUCACGAAAAAUGAAAUAAAAUAAAGUACAUAAAAAUUAGAUAAAAUUUAGAUACACGACGGACGGGAGCAUAGCAUGCACAAUGUUGAGGUGCGGUAGUUGAUUCUGUUGGUUCGUAGUAGCAAAUAGCAAUGUCCAGUGGUUGCAGCAUCAGAGCAAUCUGGAUUCUCAACAAUCUCGACGCCGUCGUUUUCUCCAGGAGAUUCCCGGUAGUAGAGAAGCGUUGGCGAAGUUCUUGCAACACCGAUCAUCUUUUCUCUUCUUUACCCACCGACUCUGAUCUAGCUGAUGCUUUUCUCCACAGAAGACUUAGGGAAGGUUCUGCGCGGGGAUUUGGAAUACGUAGAAGUAAUUCAACUCUUGGAUCAGAUUCUUGGGUGGAUGAUCCAAUUACUCGUCAUAUAAUAGGUCUUUACAUUAACAAAGAACGGGACGAUGAUAAGAAUCUUUUGUGGCCUUUAAUCUUGCACAUAAAGGGCCCUUAUAGUGUACUUGUUCUGCCAUUGGUUGAGCCUAGGCAUGUAAAGGCUUAUGAAAAGUUGUGUAAAACACCCGAUUGCGGUAGUUCUCUGGGUCUGGAUGAUAGUUUGUCUUCCCUCUUACUUGAUCUUCCAGCAAUAACAGGGGCAUUUAUGGUUGCACAUGCAAUUGGUGACAUAAUUACUGGUGACACAGUAGAACCUGAAGUGAUCAUUACUGCAGCUCCUUCUGUUGGUGGGCUGUUUGAUUCGUUAACUGGUAGUAUAGGCAUCUCUUCCCGUGCCAAACCUGUAUCUCCACAAGUUCCUUCUUCCUCCCCUUUGGGCGCAGCUGGACCGGGAUCUGUCACAGCAGAUACUCCAAAAAUGGGGUCUAGGCCUCUGGAUAGAGAUGCACUCAGAACAUUUAUCAGUAGCUCAAUGCCCUUUGGCACACCCUUGGACCUUAAUUAUUCCAAUAUUUUUACCAUCAAAGCGAAUGGCUUUUCUGCUUCAGAUUUGCCCCCUACAGAUCAGAAGCAACCAGCUUGGAAGCCGUAUCUAUACAGAGGGAAACAGAGAAUGCUGUUUACGACUCAUGAGAUUGUUCAUGCUGCUCUGUAUGAUAGAGAUGAAAUUCCGGAUAUUAUAUCAGUUUCUGGUCAAAUAAAUUGUAGAGCUGAUUUGGAAGGGUUGCCAGAUGUAUCAUUUCCCUUAACAGGAUUGAACAUAGCAAACCUCGAAGUUUCAUCAUACCAUCCUUGUGCUCAAGUUUCAGACCAAGGUCCAGAUAAGCAGGGGGUAGUGUUUUCUCCCCCAUCGGGCAAUUUUGUGCUGAUGCGAUAUCAGGCAACUUGUACCCUUGGACCACCUGUAAAGGGAUUCUAUCAGUUGUCAAUGGUUUCUGAAGAUAAAGGUGCAUUUCUAUUCAAGUUGCGUCUGAUGGAAGGUUAUAAGGCUCCUUUGACAAUGGAGUUUUGUACUGUGAUUAUGCCCUUUCCUAGGAGGAGGAUUGUAUCCUUGGAUGGUACUCCUUCCAUUGGAACAGUUUCAACAUCAGAGCACUCUGUUGAAUGGAAAAUUGUGCCCAGUGGACGGGGACUGACUGGAAAAAGUAUUGAAGUAACAUUCCCAGGAACAGUCAAGUUUGCACCAUGGAAAAAUCAAAUGGUGUCUUCCUCUAGGACACUCUUUGGAACAAUUGUUGAUGAGGAUAGCGAUAACGAGGCAGAAAAUGCUAGCAACAUGAUUAAUGAAGAACAUUUGAUGGAGAAAAUGAACAAGGAUCUUCCUCCAGUUGAUCUAGAGGAGCCAUUUUGCUGGCAAGCAUACAAUUAUGCUAAGGUAUCAUUCAAGAUUGUUGGAGCACCGGUAUCUGGAAUUUCAAUUGAUCCUAAAUCUUUGAGCAUUUAUCCAGCUGUAAAAGCACCCGUGGAGUUUUCAACCCAGGUUACUUCUGGGGACUAUAUUUUAUGGAACACUCUUGGCAAGUGCCCACAUGUUGCCAGUGUAAAAAUUUGAAUGGCAUCCGAGGGGCAUCUGAAUGGCGGGGGGGCACCAUCAGAUACUUAUAGAAACUCUGAUGAUGUUUUUUUUUUCCUUUGCCAUGUAAUGUGGAGACAGCCAGAUUUAAUCUGGUGUUCAAGUGGUUUGAUGAAAAAGUAAUAAAUGUUCUUUUAGUUUCAAUAUAUCAAAUUGGUUUAUUUAUUUAUUUUAUUUAUUAAAAUGUUGUGACAUAAGUAGUAGAUAUUUUAGUUAUUUAACUAUUUGGUAGGAUGUUCAAUUUCUGGUUGGUGUAUAUGCAUAAAUAAAUGUUGGUACAUGUGAAUUCCUUAACUGGAUUUCCAUUAUCUUGAGGAAAGUCCCGCAUUUAAAAU